GCUGGAAGUUCUUUGUGCUAGCGGUAGCUAACUUCACUCUGUUUCCGCGUGUUGAUGCUGAAGAGAGGAUCGUGUAGAAACGAGUGUUUUGCAUCGCAGAGAGUCAGAAGUAGAGAAAAAUGGACAUGAAGAAGAGGGUUUCUUUAGAGUUGAGGCACCGGUCUCCAGCGGAGGUGCAGGAGCUGGUCCUGGACAACUGCCGCUCCAGUGAGGGAAAGAUCGAAGGAAUCACAGAGGAGUUCUCCAACCUGGAACUGCUCAGCCUGAUCAACGUCGGACUGACCAGCGUAGCGGACAUCCCCAAACUGGACAAGCUCAAAAAGCUGGAGCUGAGUGAUAACAGGAUAUCAGGCGGUCUGGAGGUUCUGGCAGAGCGGCUUGUCAAUCUGACACACCUCAACUUGAGCGGGAACAAGUUCAAAGACAUCAGCACGCUGGAGCCGCUGAAGAAACUUCCUCAGCUGAAGAGUUUGGACCUGUUCAACUGCGAGGUGACCAACCUGGGCGACUACCGGGACUCCAUCUUCUCGCUGCUGCCUCAGCUCACCUACCUGGACGGCUACGACGCCGACGACUGCGAGGCGUCCGACUCGGACGGCGAGGCCGACGCCGUCGAUGAUGAAGAAGGAGAGUCGGAGGAGUUCUGGGAGGAGGAAGAGGACGAUGAUGAAGAUGUGGUGGCGGAAGAGGACGAUGACGACAGCGGUGAUGAUGAGGACGGUGGGGUGAACGGAGAGGUGGACAGUGAGGAAGAUGACGAGGAUGAUGACGAGGAUGACGAGGAAGAUGAUGACGAGGAUUCGUCUCCGGUAAAGGGACAGAAGAGGAAGAGAGACCCGGAAGAUGAAGAUGAUGAAGAUGAUGAGUGAACCUCCCACUGUUUCCAUCAGCCAACACCAGCUCUGCUUCCACUCCCACUGGGCUGCAUCCCAUCCGUUAAUCCUCCAAAACCAAAAUAACUUUCUCCUCCGAGCUUCACGUUUAAAUUUUAUCAACAAUCCGCUCCUCAGAUUCUUCCUACGUUUUUUUGUAGAUUUCUUAUAAACUCAGGAAUAAAAUGUAAAAACUCAAAAGUUAGAAGACAUUUAUAAACAUUUUCUUUCCUCUUAAAAUAUGGGAUUUCCUCCCUUUUUUAUUUUUAUUUUGUCAUAUUUAUACAAUCGUCACUUUUUUCAGGAGCUGAAGGUGAAAAUUGACCAGAUUUAAUUUUUACCACUUUAGUUUCUUUCUCCAAAUACGUCCGACUAUAUUUUACCAAUAGCAACACAAAGAUCGUAGUAUCUUCACAGAAAACAUGAAAUCUGACAUUUUCCUCUUCAAAACAUCUGCAGUUAUAAAAUAAAGCCUCAGUUGAAUUAA